CUAUUUGGUGGGAUGCUGGUAAAGGUCGUUUGAAACGCAUUAUUCGUCGGUAUUCUAAACAACAAGCCUCUUCUCGACGGUCUUGUGUUAAAUCUCUGGAGCAUACUCUCUUUCACUUGAAUAAACGACAAACUCAUGGUGAAGAUGUGAUGCAGUUUAUUAAAGAGGUUAAUGAUGAACUGGAAUUAGAUCAUCUUCGCACAGUGCAUGGUGCACAGAUUAGAGCUCGGGAGAAGUGGGCUGAAGAAGGUGAAAGGUCAACUUCAUAUUUUCUGCAGCAAGAAAAAACUUGUGGUGUCUGGAAGUUGUUUACUGGCAUCCGAAAUGCUCACAGGGUCGUUGUACGUUCGAUCAAUGCCAUCAUUCGAGUUUGGUGUCUCUUUUAUGUCCAACUUUUCACUGCUGCCGUUUUAUCUUCAUCUGACCAGGAUUUCUUUAUCAAUUCUUUGGAUUUACAUUUGUCAGAUCCUGAAGCUGCUUUGUGUGAAGGCGAUCUUACGGAGGCUGAGUGUUUGUCAGCUUUAAACAGUAUGAAGAACAAUAAAUCACCAGGCAUUGAUGGGUUACCUUAUGAAUUUUAUAAACGGUUCUGGAAUCUCCUUGGAACAGAUUUGGUAGCAGUGUUGAAUUCCUGUAGUUCUUCUGGUUCGUUGUCCUUUUCGCAGCGCACAGGCUUAAUUACAUUGCUGUACAAGAAGAAUGACAAAUUGGAUACCAAAAAUUGGCGCCCUAUCUCUUUACUUUGCAUGGACUAUAAGAUCCUAGCAAAGGUUUUAACCAAUCGUCUUCGUUCUGUUAUUUCGUCUGUUGUCUCAGAUGUCCAAGUAUGCGGUGUUCCCAAUAGAUUCUCGAGUGAACAUGUGCGACUUCUGCAGGACGUCAUUGAUUAUUCUAAUGUUAAUAAUUUAUGA